AAUAGAUUUAGAAUUAUACUAAUUUAACAAAAUUGAAAUUAACUUUCAUACAUAUAUAAUAUAGUCUAUUUUGCAGCCAAAAUUUGUCUUGCUGAUUGUUUGACACGAACUGUUGAUUGGGAUAAGGCAUUACCAGAAUUUAUUUUGCCUUUGUUUAUUGAUGGAGCCGUAUUUUUCAUAAUACUAAUUUUGAUAGAAACAACUUUAUCUAAAUUAUUAAAUAAAUGUACUGAAAUAUUUACUGUUAUGAAGAAAUUAAAACAAAAAAAAAGUAAUAACAUUUCUCUUGAUAUGGACAUUGACAUAUUAAAUGAGGAAUCUCGAGUGAAAGCACUUUAUUUGGAGCACAAAAUUAAUAAUGAAGUCUUAAUAGUAAAAGAUUUAACAAAAACUUAUUUCGGAUCUGGUUGCGCUGUCAAAGAAUUAACAUUUUCUGUACAUAAAAAGGAAUGCUUUGGUUUGCUUGGAGUAAAUGGAGCUGGAAAAACAACUGUAUUUCGUAUGCUGGUUGGUGAUCUGAUACCCAAUUUUGGUGAUUCAUAUAACAACAGAGGUGGUCUUCAAAACAACAAAAAUAAGUACCUAUCAGACAUUGGUUAUUGUCCACAAUUUGAUGCUCUCAUUGAUCACUUAACAGGAAGAGAAACAUUGACAUUGUUUGCUAAUUUAAGAGGUGUUCCAUCACAGGAUAUUGAUUACAUUGUCAAUAAAAUUUUAAAGUUUUGUGAUCUUGUAAAAUAUGCUAACAGGACUACUGAAACUUACAGUGGUGGAACACGACGUAAAUUAUCCAUUGCAAUAGCUUUAAUUGGUCUACCAGAAAUACUUAUUCUUGACCAACCGACAACUGGAAUCGAUCCAAAAUCUCGUCGUAAGAUAUGGAAAAUAUUAAUAACAAUUAAGAAUUUACUGGGGAAAUCAUUGUUGAUCACAUCUCAUAACAUGAAUGAAUGCGAAGUCCUAUGUGACAGAGUAGCAAUUAUGACUAAAGGAAAAUUUCAUUGUUUGGGUACAAUACAAGAUCUUAGAAAUAAAUUUGGUCAAGGCUAUACGCUUGUUGUCAAAAUGAAACAGACUGAUGAAGAAAACCAGAUUACUGAAUUAAAGAAGUUUAUUGAAACUGCUUUUCCUACUAUUGUAUUGAAAGAUGCACAUCAG